GCCUAUUUCGCGACAGGCAACGAAGACUCCCCACGCUUAGAUUCCACUAGUCAAAAACAAGCUGCAGAAAUGUUCAAUGACUACUUCCACUCAGUAUUUCUAACAGAAGGUGAUGAUAUUUCAAUCCCCACUACACCUGUAUGUGAAGAGACCAUUUCUGACAUUAUUUUAGACCCAAGUGAAGUAUAUGACGUUCUUCAUUGCCUCGAUCCUAGUAAAGCAUCUGGUCCAGAUAAUAUACCAAUCCGCUUACUAAAAGAAUGUGCGCACUCCAUCACACCAUCAUUAACAUGUCUCUUCAACAAAUCCUUAAAGCAUGCCUCCCUACCAUCAGAAUGGAAACUGUCCAACAUCAUCCCGCUUCAUAAAAAAGGAAUCAAGAGUUUUGUUGAGAAUUACAGACCAAUUUCCCUCAUGUGCGUUGUUGCGAAAGUUUUAGAACGUUGUGUUUACAACCGUCUGAUUGGUCAUAUAGAGAACAUGAUAUCCGUCGCACAGCAUGGUUUUCUGAGAGGAAAGUCUUGCACAGGUCAGCUCAUUUCCGUUCUUCACCGCAUCAGCCAAAACCUGGAUUCAGGGAAACAAACAGAUAUCUUGUAUUUCGAUGUUGCUAAAGCGUUUGACACGGUGAAUCAUAGCCUUCUUUUAAAGAAACUCCAACGAUUUGGACUUAGGGACAAUAUUUUAACGUGGUUUAAAAGUUAUUUAUCCGGACGACAACAGCGUGUACUAGUCAAUGGUGAGAUUUCAGAGACACGUCCAGUUUCCUCCGGCGUUCCGCAAGGAUCAAUACUCGGACCACUCCUGUUUCUCAUCUACAUAAACGACCUUCCCGAAUCAAUAACCUCAUCCGCUGUUGACGUUUCCUUGUUUGCCGACGACACAAAAUGCAUCUCAGUUAUUGAAUCGCCGGUUGACGCCUGUGUCCUUCAAGCUGAAGCGAGAAACGUGGAGAAAUGGGCUGAGUUUUGGAGGCUCAAAUUCAACGCCGAAAAAUGCAAAGUUCUGAGCGUUACGAGAAAACGUCAUCCUCUUGUUGCUGAAUACAUUGUCAACGGUAAAACUUUGCAGCAUGUUUUCUCCCAGAAAGACCUCGGAGUGACGGUUUGUUCAGAUCUCAGAUGGAACACUCAUAUUUACGAGCAAGUUACGAAAGCCAACCGCCUACUUG